AUGCCCUGGGCAGUGUCCGAGCCCCCUCCGGCCACAACUGACCCCUUGACCAUGUCUGACCCCUCUCUGGCCACCUCCGGCCACUCUCCGGCCACUACUGACCCCUUGACCACCAUUGACCCCUGGUCAUGUCCGACCCUCCGGGCUUACCUGCUGGGACCCUCCGCUGACCGCUGGCGCGGGCCGCUGCCCGGCGGCCGGUCACCCGAUGUCCGAGUGGCGACUCCGGGCUUACCUGUGGGACGUCCUGGGGGCGCUGCUGACGCUGCACGGCCGGACGUGACCCACGGCGACGUGAAACCGGACAACGUCCUGCUGGACAGCUCCGGCCGCUGCCGGCUGGCCGACUUCGGAGUGACCACUGGACCUGGAGUGACCACUGGAGUGACCACUGACCCCAUGGCCGACUUCGGAGUGACCACUGGGCCCAGAGUGACCACUGGAGUGACCACUGGGCCUGGAGUGACCACUGGAGUGACCACUGACCCCAUGGCUGACUUUGGAGUGACCAGCGGGCCCGGAGUGACCACUGGAGUGACCACUGGGCCUGGAGUGACCACCGGAGUGACCGCUGGAGUGACCACUGGGCCCAGAGUGACCACUGGAGUGACCACUGACCCCAUGGCCGACUUCGGAGUGACCACUGGAGUGACCACUGGAGUGACCACUGACCCCAUGGCCGACUUCGGAGUGACCAGCGGGCCCGGAGUGACCACUGGAGUGACCACUGGGCCUGGAGUGACCACUGGAGUGACCACUGACCCCAUGGCCGACUUCAGAGUGACCACUGGGCCCAGAGUGACCACUGGAGUGACCACUGGGCCUGGAGUGACCACUGCAGUGACCACUGCCCCUGGAGUGACCCCUCCCCCCACAGUGACCAUUAACCGCACCGUGACCUUUAACCCCGCAGCGCCCCCUCCCCCCGCGGCGGGGGCGGGGUCACCGCGGGACGGGGGCGUGUCCCUGGGGGGGCGGGGCGAUGCCCGUUACUCCGCCCCCGAGGCGCUGUGUGGGCGGGGCCAGGGCCGCGCCCCCGCGGACAUUUUCAGCCUGGCGCUGACCGUGGCCGAACUGGCCGGAGAGCGGACACUGCCCCGCGCGGGGGAGGGGUGGAGCCGGCUGCGCCGGGGGGGAGGGGCCACGAGGAGGAGGAGGAGGCGGAGCCUGCUGCCGGCGGGGCUGGGGGAAGGGCUGUCCCCCGAGUUCCGGGCGGUGCUGGCGGCCAUGUUGGAGCCCAACCCCCACCUGAGGCCCUCGGCGGAGGAGCUGCUGGGCUGGGAGCUGCUCCGGGGGGCGGGGCGGUGGAGACCCCUCACCCGAUUGGCCGACGUGGCCCUCAGGACGAUCGAGGAUUGGCUGGAGGCCGUUCCCGCUUUUUGCUCCUCCCUCCGGCGCCGAUUUUGGGGUUGGGUUUGGGGUCCCCAGACCCCGCCCCGCCCCCCCCGCGCCGACCCCUGGAGCCUUCGCGAGGCGAGGAGGAGGAGGAGGAGGGAGCCCCUCCCCCACCCCGGACCCCCGGCGAACUUUGACCUUUGA